GGGGAGUUGACUCGCAUCAGCACCGCUCUCCUCGGCUUUUAAACCCUUUUUGACACUCUGGAUCCAAGCAGCUGGAAAUGGCUAACUCCAGGGACUCCCCGCCCAGAAGUUCCCCAAGUGUAGACCUGAAGACGUCCCUUGAUGAAUGUAUGUCAGCCAUGGACAUGUUUCUUAACAACCAAUUCAGUGAAAGUCUGGAGAUGCUGAAACCAAGGGUGAAGAACAGCAUGUACCACGCCCUGAUAUAUGCUACCAUUUUGGAAAUGCAAGCCAUGAUGACCUUUGAACACGAUGAUAUCAUUAGUGCUGGUCACACGAUGAAGGAAGCACAGGAGAUUUGCCAAAGGUUUCGGAAGAAGUCGACCGUGGUUGGUUCGCUCUCGAGUCUUGUGAUCAAACCAGCUGGUGACCACUUCACAGAAGAGGAAGUCCAUGCAGAGGUCUGCUAUGCAGAGUGUUUAUUGCAGAGAGCAGCCCUCACCUUCUUACAGGAUGAGAACAUGGUCAGCUUUAUCAAGGGUGGAAUUAAAGUCAGGAACAGCUUCAUGAUUUACAAGGAGCUCCACAACUUUCUGCAGUCGAACCUCUUCAGUAAAGGACCGAAUCACUCGCAUUUAGAAGGAGGUGUUUCUUUGGGAAUCGGGGCGUUUAAUCUGACGCUGUCGCUGUUCCCCACACGGAUCCUGAAAUUGUUGGAAUUUGCUGGCUUCUCUGGUGACAAGGAAUAUGGUCUGUCCCAGUUACGUGAUGGAGUGCUGGUGCCUAACCUCCGGGCCAUUCUCUGUGUCAUGCUGCUGUUGUGCUAUUAUACCUUCCUUACUUUCAUACUCGGAACAGGAGAGGAGGAAAUCACUGAUGCAGUGGUUCUCCUUCAGCCUUACCUCACUCGCUAUCCCAAGGGGGCGAUAUUCUUGUUCUUUUCGGGGAGGAUUGAAGAAAUCAAAGGGAACCUUGAUGAGGCAAUUGGAAGGUUCGAGGAAGGGUGCGCUGCACAACAAGCCUGGAAGCAGUUCCAUCAUAUGUGCUACUGGGAGCUGAUGUGGUGCUUCACCUACAAGCAGCUGUGGAAGGUGGCCUACUUCUACGCUGACCUCCUCAGCAAAGAGAAUCGCUGGUCUAAGGCUAUGUACGUCUACAUGAAAGCAGCGUACCUGAGUAUGUUACCUGCACAUGAACCAAAACCCUUUGGGGACAAUGAAGUUGAACUCUUCAGGCAAGUCCCACUGCUGAAGCAGAAGAUUGCUGGGAAGUCUCCUCCUACUGAGAAGUUUGCUAUUAGAAAAGCCAGGAGAUACAAAUCCAAUGAUGCUGUGAGGCUGCCAGUGCCGGCCCUGGAGAUGAUGUAUAUGUGGAAUGGCUUUGCAGUCAUUGGCAAACAGCGGGAGCUGACGGAAGAAAUGCUGGGAACGAUUAGCGAAGCUGAGACAGUGCUGGAGCAGGCAACACCUAAUGAAUACCUGACUGACGACAAAUGCGUGGUUAAACUCUUGAAAGGCCUGUGCUUGAGGCAUUUGGGAAAAAUCUUAGAAGCCGAGCAAUGCUUUGUCUUCAUAUACCACAAUGAGAAGAACAUUAAAUAUGACCACUACUUGAUUCCAAACGCACUUCUGGAGCUCAGUCUGCUUUUUAUACAACAGGCGAGAAAGGAAGAAGCCAUUAAGUGGCUGAGGCGAGCAAAGCAAAACUACAAGGACUAUUCCAUGGAAUCCAGGACACUCUUCCGAAUACAUGCCGCUCUUUCCAAACUGAAGGCAGAGAAGGACGAGAAUGAGUUUGAAGUGACCGCCCUUUAGAGGGGAACCCGAUCCAGCGCAGAAGCAAUGGGAGGACGCAGAAGAUUUUCAAAGUGGGUU